AUGAAAGUUCUCAACACAGAAUCAGAAACAAUUAGUCGUAAUAAACGAAUGGUUGGAAAAGAUGACCCUAAUAUAUUGCAUAAUAGUCGACGAGCAAAAUGGGUUAUAGGCGAUCUGCAACAUUUAUUAGAAGGGAAAACGUCAGCCGUUAUUUCUGUGGAAGAGUGGAGAAACCACUUUGAGAGAGUUGAGGGCUUCUUCGGCUAUCCAUUCGUUCAAAAUGAAACUUGGCAGCAUUGCGCUGGUUCCAGCUCAGAAUUUCGUGGGUACACCUGUGGCUUGUGGACUACAUUUCAUGCUUUAACAGCUAAUGUAAUUAUCACACACAGCAAAAAUACUGGUAUCGCCCCGAAUCCAUUGGGUCCCCUCAAAGCAAUUCAGGGUUGGGUAACCUCAUUCUUUGGUUGCGAACAUUGUCGGCAACAUUUUAUGAAAAUGACUACGCAAACAUUUCCAAUGAGUGAACAAAGAGUGUUCCGCCUCAGUGAUAUGCUUAUGUACUUGUGGAGAGCACACAAUAUUGACCCUCAAUUUCCAAAAUACCAAUUUCCUCCUCUUUUCCUUUGUCCAAAAUGCCAUGCUGGUGGGCACUUUAGCAGAAGGCAAACACGAAAUUUUUUGCUUAGUUAUUAUGGCUCUGUUCGCCCCUAUCAUAGAGCGUGGAAUGCUGGGAAACAAUAA